CCCAAAGCCUGUUAAGUCUUAAUAAGCACGCCAAACUGCCGUUGAGAGCAGACCGCCUGUCUGCGUCUCCAAACAAACCGCAAUUCCCUACCUUCUCAAUAUUCCAUCUCUGAAACAAAACGAAGAAGACGACGAAGAAGAAGGAGAAGGUUCGUGAAGGCACAAACUGACUGCGAUUACAGAGGCAUAAACAAGAAGCGAAAUUUUGGAAGAUCGACCUCUGUUUUCGUGUGGGUGGAAAAUGGAAGUGCCAAGCUCAUGGGACGCGCUUCGCAAACAGGCAAGGAAAAUUGAAGCUCAGUUGGAUGAGCUGAUGCAUUCUUAUCGUAAGUUUGUCUCUGCAAAGGGUACUGCAAAAUUUGACACUGCAGAGAAUGAUCUUGAAUCUGGGAUAGAUAGACUAUUAAAGAAACUGCAACAAGUAAAUUCGCAAAUGCAAGCAUGGGUAUCAUCAGGAGGAUCAGAAAUGGUUUCACAUACCUUGACUAGACAUCAAGAAAUUUUUCAAGAUCUCACUCAGGAGUUCUAUCGUCUCCGCUCCAGCUUUAGAGCUAAGCAAGAGCAUGCUUCACUCCUUGAGGAUUUUAGGGAGUUUGAUCGAACAAGAGUAGAUUUGGAAGAUGGAGUUGGCUCUGCAGAAAAUGCUCUCCUUAAAGAGCAUGCUGCUGUUAGUCGAAAUACAGGACAGAUGGAUACUGUAAUCUCUCAAGCUCAAGCAACACUCGGUACGCUUGUUCUUCAACGUUCAACUUUUGGUGGUAUUAAUUCAAAGCUCAGCAACAUUGGCAGCCGCCUUCCAUCGGUAAAUCACAUCCUCGCUGCUAUAAAGCGUAAAAAGUCCAUGGAUACCAUCAUUCUUUCUCUUGUCGCUUCCGUAUGCACAUUUUUAAUAUUUAUCUACUGGUUGACAAAGUGAGGAUACGAGAGGAACAGGCAUUUGUGUUGUUCAUGUGUAAGUGAGAAAGAGAAACAGCUAUGAUUUUUUCUUUUAAUUUUCUCGAGCAAACCAGUAUUACUGUAAGUGAUUUGUUUCAUAAGAGUACGAAAAAACAAUUUCAAUGGAUGCAGGCAUUCCAGGCUCUUGCAUGUUCCUUUAUUGGGUUUGAGUGUCAAUUUUAGUUUCGAAUUUUCAGCAGGGUUACAGCAUGGCACUGGCGUAAUAUGUAAGUGAUUGGAUGUAUUAAUACAUAAUUUUCUUUUCCAGAAAUAGUUUGUGUUUUUUUUUUUGUCUUGAAUAAUAUCACAGUCCGUGGCGGGGCGCGCCCAGUCGAAAGAGAUGGAAGCAUAGUUGUAUGAACUUUUGUGAAGGAAGCCAGCACCACACAGAAUGAGAAACCUUGUUAGAUAUGUUUUCCUUCACUUUACAAAGACAUUCCAUGAUUAUGGUUAGAACUGAAUUAGUAAGAGGAAGAAGGUUGAUGCCA